AAUUGCUAAUAUACGGCGUUUCAUGCUUAGAUGCUGCGCUACAAAAUGACGCUAUAAUAAUCAGUGAGGUUCUAACGAUUAAUGUUUAUUAAGAUGGACGGAGGAACAGAGAUAUCCGUAACCAUCGCUCAAGUUGUUCAGCGGCUCAGAGGAACACAUUUACACUCCCAGCUGGAGAAACAAGCCAAAGAAUGUUUACACAGGCCUGAGAUAAAACUAGAAUCUUUAAAAGAAGACGUUCGGAAUUUCCUUAGAGCUUCAGGUUGGGAAAAGAAGUUACAAAAUGCAGUGUUCAGAGAAUUGCACAUUUUGCCUCCACCUGCUCACCCUGAAGAUACCCUCGAGCACACAAAAGAGCCACUGGAAUACAUGCGCAAAGCCCAGGCAUGCUGGGAGAAGAGGAUCCUGAAGAGUUUGAACAGCAUGUGUUCCGAACUGGGGGUUCCAUUGGCCUGCAAGCGUCCUGUUGCAGAACAGAGACAUUUAAUAAACAAAUGGAGCGAGAUGGGCACAGAUGACCCAGAUCUCAGCAAGUUCAGGCCUGUAUAUGCACCCAAAGAUUUCCUAGAGGUGUUGAUAAGUCUGAGAAACCCCAAUCAUGACUGCAGUGAGGGUCUCACAGCCAGGAGCCACUGGGGACUUAUACAGAUCUCCCUCAACGUCCAUGAUAUCCCAUAUAUGAGAGAGGCUUAUCCAGAACUUAGCCUGAAUCGUGGCCAACUUGGAAUAGAAGAUCACGCACACAUCCCUCCAGAUCUGUUUGAAAGUGAACACCUUCGCAUUGGAAAGAAAGUGUUGAGUGAGCAGGACAGUGCAGCUGCUCAGGAGUACAGCAGACAGGGAUGUCCCAAUGGCCUCCGAGCUCAACUAUGGGCUCUGAUCCUCAAUGCCACUAAUGAACCAGAGGACAUCAUGCAUUACGAGCAACUGAAGGCCGCAGUCAUACACCAUAACCUGCUGGUGGAUAAUCUAAUCUACAAGGAUGUGAAGCUGACUGCAAGUAAUGAUGACUAUUACUUUGUGUUUGAAGACUUUCUAUAUCAGGUUCUCCUGUGUUUUUCUCGAGACACUGCAGUUCUGGAGCAUUUUAGCUACAAUAGUGCAUCUCCUCCUAAAUCCUACAUCCAGGGCAGGUCUGGUGCAGAGGAGUUUGCUGUGGUGUAUCCUCCAAAUGGUGUUAUCCCUUUCCAUGGCUUCUCAAUGUAUGUGGCUCCCCUGUGUUUUUUGUACAACGAGCCAUCUAAGCUGUACAGUGUAUUCAGAGAGAUGUACAUGCGCUAUUUCUUCAGACUGCACUCCAUAUCCUCCUCUCCCUCAGGUAUCGUUUCUCUUUGUCUUCAGUUUGAGAGGUUACUCCAAACCCAUCUUCCCCAGCUCUUCUAUCAUUUGCAGGAGAUAGGAGCUCAACCAUUGCGCAUCGCGUUUAAGUGGAUGGUUCGGGCUUUCUCAGGAUACCUUUCAACUGACCAACUCUUGUUGCUAUGGGACCGUAUCCUUGGCUACAAGUCCUUAGAGAUAGUAGCAGUUCUGGCCGCUGCUGUCUUCACGUUCCGGGCUGAAAAUCUGAUGGAGGUGACGUCACUGGCCGCGGCCGAGGCUGUCCUCGCUGACCUCUCAACCCUCAAGGUUAUACCCCUCCUGCAGAUAUUCCUCUUUGCUACAGACAUCUAAAGGAUGUUGUGUGGAAGCGCAUCAUCUCAAUGGGGUCAGCUGUGUCCAUGACAAUCAAAUCGAUCGUCUCGAAUAAUGACGUAGAAACGAGUUAAAAAAUAACGAAGAGACGCAACGUACACGUUCUCUGUGCCUUGAAAUCCGUAAGAACAGCUUUUAAUCGGUCUGCAUGCUCCAGCAGGUCUAUAGUGAAUCUACCGGUUUAUAGGAUGUAAUACUGACAUUCUUCAUGUGAAUGAUUGUGUCAUAUUAUGUCCCGUAUUUGUUUUUCAUUUCAAUAGCAGCUGCUUUCACCAGUGAAGGAUGCAUUACUGAACAGACUUGGCAUGAGAAUGCUAAUGUAAGACACACAACCCAUUCUCAAGCUCUUCUCAAGUCUUUUAGGCUUUAAAGCAGGUAAAUUAGUUGAUUAUUCUUCCUUACAUCAGAGCCCUUUAGAAUUAUCUCUUAAAAACGAGUCAAAUUAAUAUGCGGAAAAGAAUAUCGUGCUUUCAGUAGUUUUCAUGAUUAGUGCUUUUUUUUAUUUUCCAAACUAAACACGCUUUCAAAAAUGAUGGCACCCUUGAGGUUUAAAUCGGGUGCAAACCGAUAUACUGUAGAGACUGAGUCUAAUCCCAGAAAGAGUCUAAUCCCUGCUUGUGAAUGACAAAUGGGUUUUAUCCUUUAUAGCACAGGGAAACAGAGCUUGAUCAAAGGCAGCAGCGGAGUUCCUGGGAGCUGAAAGGGUCUCAGCGUAGGCUCCUGCAUGACAUUAACAAAGAUGAAGCAUUUACAAAAUAUGAAUGAAGGAAUGAACGAUUUUUUUUUUUUUUUUUUUUUUACAUUUAAGAUAUUUAUAAGGGGAAAAAAGUAGCUCCUAUUGCCAUGUUUUUCUUUAGGCAACUAAUUUGAGUGGAAUGGUUGGGUCUUGUCUCUCUUUAAUAUUGCUCAUUGUCUUCAGUUGUAAACAGGAUUAUAAAGGACAACGGAAAGCAUAUAAGCAGCAUAUAAUACACCUAUAAAUAACAACUGACUUAGAUGAAGUACUAAAGAACAAAUAAGUUCAUUGAUUUGGGAGUGAAGCUGUAAGAAUUCAACUCACCUGUGAUAUAUUGUUCUAGACAUUUUAAAGGUGAUCGGAUGCAUGCCAUGGACGAAACAAGCUUUGCAAUAAAUGGCAGUAUAUACCUACAGCUUUACGCAUAAGAAUUUUGUUAUUAUUGCUAUAGUGUUUAUUAUGUAUCCUGACUUAUUUUGACAUGAGUCGUUAUGCUUGCAGGCCACAUGCAUGUACGGGAGAAACACUCAUGUUAUUAUAUGGAUUGUGUAAAACAGGCAUGUUGUUAUGUGACGAAUGAAUCAGCCUGAAGCAUAUGAUACAGAUUUGGCUUGUAAUGGCUCAUUAUAUCAAUCCCUUAUCAUGUAUCCUCACAACACUUAAUGACCCUGCUGUCUUUUUUGGGGGGGUGGUUUAUGAUAUUUAUUACCAUGUUGUAUUGCUGCACAAUGUGUUGUGUAUAUAUCAUCAGUUACAUUUCUGAAGUUUCUACUGAAAUUAAUUUGUAUGAGUUAUCGUUUUUUUUCCCCCCCAGAUGAACGCAUACCACAGCACUUUGCCAAAAUGAAAGAGUUCUUCUGUAUUUAUGAAUGACCCGCUGUACACAUUUAUGUUUGUUAUAUUAUAUAUAACGAUGUGGAAUAUUUGUUUAGAAAGUGGCUUCCUGUUUUCAUUUUAUUAUAGCAGCUAUAAACAGCUGGUUUUAAUCUCUGGUAGAUAACAAGGCUUUAAUUUAAAAAAAAAAAAAUAAAUAAAUAAAUCCCUGUUGAAAAAGGAAAAAAAAA